AUUGUCUUGAUGGGCAGCUGUUUUCGACAGUCGGACAAAACGAGUGUUUUUGCAUUCAUGCCGUGCUCCGCAAGGACUUUAUCGUGUUGCAUACCCUUUUGAUUUACCCCUGCCAAGUGCGUUGAAUGGUGAAUUCAACGUCAAUGGUUUGGCCAUUAACACCGGGCCAUCGUAACCAUCGUUGGAUGGCCUUGUCACCCUCAUAAAUGGGGUUUGGCACACCCCUUGCCGAUUGUUGUGAAUGGUGAAGGAGGCAUUUGACAGGGCGAGGGUUAGAAACUAAUGCGAUUCGGAGUCUCGUCUCCUGCAAAGUCGCGGUAAAAUGGUUUUCGAAUCAAUCGUAGCGGAUCUUCUCAACAAGUAUCUGGGAGAAUAUGUCGAGAACUUGGACCGGUCCCAACUGCAGAUUGGCAUAUGGGGAGGUGACAUCGUACUUCAGAACCUCGUUCUGAAGCAAAGUGCCCUAGAUGAGCUAGAUCUUCCAGUGCGCACAGUUUAUGGUGUUCUUGAGAAGUUGGUUCUGAAAAUACCAUGGAAGAAUUUGUAUCGGGACCCUGUGGAGGCUACUGUGGAACGAUUGUACUUGCUGGCUGUUCCAAACCAAGAGGUAAAGUACGACCCUGUCAAAGAGGAACGCUGGGCUCAGGAUGCAAAGCAGAACCAACUCAACAAAGUGGAAGCAGCAAAGAAGUGGGAGGCCGAAAAAGACUUACUCAAACAAGAUGAUUCAUUUGUGGAAAAACUGUCUACUCAAAUUGUUAAAAAUGUUCAAGUGAAGAUAGGAGAAAUUCACAUUCGAUAUGAAGACAGAGUUUCAAGCUUAGGAAGACCAUUUGCUCUUGGUGUCACUUUGCACAAUUUGUCUGUGCAAACGACUGAUGCCAAUUGGACCAAGGCAAUCAAAGAUGAAGCUAGCAAAUUCAUAUUCAAAGAACUUAAUUUGGAAGGAUUAGCUGUGUACUGGAACUGUGAUACAAUUUUAUACUCUGAUAAGCCAGUAACAGAGAUGUUGCAGUUGUUUAAAGAUGGAAUUGCUGCUAAAGAAAGGAAACCUAAAGGCUAUGAAUACUUGCUUGGACCCAUUAACUCAUCAGCCAAGCUUCAAAUUAACCAAAAACCAGAACAGGAUGGCUCUAAUUAUACCAUCCCAAAGCUGCAGCUUAGUCUUGAAUUGGAGAAAUUGGCCAUAUGUAUCAGUAAAAGCCAGUACCGUGAUGUCAUGCUGUUGCUGGAGUCGAUGGACUGGAUGACAAGAGCUGCUCCUUACCGAAAGUACCGACCUUUUGUGCCCAGCUAUGCAGGACACUAUAAAGAAUGGUGGCACUUUGCAUUCAAGUGCAUAUUGGAAGAUGAAGUGAAAAGAAAACAGCGAAACUGGAACUGGAACUUCAUGCGAGAGCAUCGCAGCCUGUGCAAAUCCUAUGCUUCAGCCUACAAGCAGAAGCUGACAAUGAAGAAAGUUCCUGCUGAAUUAACAAUUCAGCUGCAGGAAAUGGAAAACAAGUUGGAUGUAUUUAACAUUGUUCUCAUCAGACAGCGAAUUGAAGUUGAGGUGGAAAGGGACCAGGCUGAGGAGGCCAGACAGAAGCAGCAGCGCAAGGGCUGGUUCAGUUCAUGGUGGGGCGGUGCAGCUGAAGCUGAGGCAGUUCAACCUGGUUCAGCCGCAGAACUUGCCAAAAAAAUUGAAGCUGUGAUGACCCCUGAUGAAAAGGCCAAACUGUAUCGUGCCAUUGACUAUCAAGAAAAUACUACACCUGCAAUUUAUCCCCCUCACUUUGUUGAAAAUGUCUUUUCCUUUAAACUGCGUUCACUUGAGAUCGAGGUGCGUGAUGGUGAGGACAAAGUACGUACCAUACUCUCCUCUAGUCUUCAAGAAGUCACUGCACAAGUUGAGCAACGUAUGAGUGGGCAAGCAUUGAAAGCAAUUGUCAAAAUAUCAAAGUUUGACAUGUUAGGCCUGACUCAAGGCACUCUUACACCUCAGCUUGUUUCUUCAAAGUUGCAUGAGUCUGAUUCAGUUCUUUUGGAUGUGAUGUUUGAAACUAAACCAUUGGAUGAGUCUUGUGAUCAAAGGCUCAGAGUUAAUGCAAGACCUCUCCGGGUGAUUUAUGAUGCUGCAACAGUCAACAGUUUAAUGGAUUUGUUUAAGCCUCCAGAAACUCCUGCUCUUCAGAACAAGAUUCAGGCUGCAAUCCCUGUAGCAAUGCCAGCUUUAAAAGAGAUGUCAGUUUUGGGUUUGCAGUACGCUGUUGAGCAACACACUGUUCUUGAUGUGGUUAUGGAUAUUAUGCCCUCACAAAUUUUGAUUCCUCAAAAUGGCAUUUAUCUGGGGAAUGAGAACUUGCUCGUCAUUAACUUGGGUCGAAUGUCAGUAAGCACUGCCUCAAGGGAUACGUUAGCUAUGGAUGUCAGGAAGAUGCACCUUCAUGGCAGAUCAGAAGAUGAUAUUUUGCAGGAAAUGAUUUCAAGAUCAUACACUAAAUUUACUUUCAUGCUAGAAGACGUCCAGGUGUUACUUGCCUAUGCUGGGGAGAACUGGAAGAGUAUUAUCCAAGAGCGCAAACGAUCUGCUAUGCAUGUUGUCAUGCCUAUCACCCUCACUGUAAAUUUGCAUAAAUGUAUGGUGACUGAUGAUCCAAGGUUACCGAAAAUGAAAUUGUGUGCGGAACUUGGACAGAUUGAUAUUCAACUUCCCGAGGACAGAAUGUUAUGUUUAAUAAAUUUACCAAACUCAAUACCAUUCAACGAUGCCGAGCCCAGCCCACUAGGAGCUACUGAUAAUGCUUCCCACAGUUCACAAUUGUCUUUGUUCCGUGCCAUGGAUGUGGAUACUGCUCGUGCUAAGGGUUUACAGCUACCAAAAUUAGAGAAACCUAUUGAAUCUCAACCAAUUAUGCAAGUAAUUGAGCUUGAGGCCAAAUUUGUGUUGGAUAUGCUCAAAGUGACAGUUUAUGAGCAGAAGAAGGGCUCCUCAAAGGACAAAGCCAGAGACGAUUUGGAUAACUUUGAUCCCCUGAUUACAUUCCGUUUGCUUUCCUUAGAAACUGAAUGUGUUCAGCGUACAUUUGAUACCAAUCUGUACCUUUCAAUUGGCGGAAUUGAUCUGAAGCAACGCUAUGAUGGUGCUGACAUUGAUGCCAUCGGUACUCCAAUGACUUCAGGCCAGGAUCAGUACUUGUUCACAGUACGUUUUACUCAGGUUGAUAAGAAGUCUCCUGAACUCCGAACAACACAUCAAUCUGUGCUAAAACUGCUACAAGCCAAUUUUUCAAAGCUUAAUGUCCUCAUUCACCAAGAAGCGACUUUACAACUCAUAGCAUUUGCCAACCAUGUACAGAGCUCAUUGGAUUCUGCAGUCUCCCCUCAAGGCUCUCGCACUGCAACAGCUGGGCGCAAAGAAAAAAAUCUUCCUACCAUUAUGGAAGAGGAAGGUGGUGCUCCAACAAAAUCUAAGCCAGUGGCUAAACGCAAGAAAAAACGUCAAGUCUCGUCAACUAUCGAUUUAAAAAUAGUUGCUGAAAUGCAAAGUGUCUGCAUUCAAAUUGAAACUAAAGCAAGACCAUUAACUUCCAUGAUGGUUCAAGGCUUAGUGUUUGGGGCAGAAAUGCGGAAAACUCAAACUGAAAUUUCAACAAGCAUCAAAGACUUUGUUAUGCUGGAUCUCAACCCAGCCACAUUACAUAAAAAGAUUCUGUCUAUCGUUGAUGAAGAAGCUCUGUCAGCUCAUGUUGUUAUGUAUGAUACUUCUAAAGCAGAUGACAUUGAUGCUAUAGAUAUGACAGUGAAGGUUCAAAUGGCCUGUCUGCACGUGGUUUUCCUCAAUUGGUUUGUGUCCUCCUUGUUGUCAUUUCUGAAUAACUUUCAAGCUGCUCAAGCAGCUGUUUACGAAGCAUCAGCUGCUGCGGCAGCUGUUGCUAAACAAAAUGCCAAGGAAGCUUACACAAAGGCCACAAGAAUGUCUUUAGAUAUUGAAUUGAAGGCUCCUAUAGUAGUUGUUCCUGUGAAUUCUCAAAGUUUUGAUGCCUUACUGAUGGACUUUGGUCGUCUCACCAUCAAGAACUCUUUCCAAAAUGUUGAAGUACAGAAACAAUAUCCUGCUGUGCUUGAUAAAAUACAGCUGGGACUAGUAAACGUCAAAAUGUCCAGAGUCCGCCUUCACAAAGAGAAUCACGAGGUCCUGAAUGAGCGAAUGCUGCUCCAGCCUAUCAGUUUUACUCUUUCAGUAACACGCAAUCUUUCCUCUUCAUGGUAUAAUGAAUCACCUGAUCUUGAUUUGUCAGGAAAGAUAAAUUCUAUAAACCUGUCAAUGACCCAAGCUGACUAUCGAAUGCUUAUGCAAGCUCUUUCUGAAAAUAUGAGUGAGGGUUCGUCUGAGUUGCCUGGACAAUCAGCUCCAGAUCCAGUGGAGACCAAAGUUUUACUCCCCACUUCCAAAACCUCCUUUAGUACUUUACCUGGAACUCAACUUUUACCAGUGAAGGACCAAAGUUCAGAAUCUGCCAAGAAGGUUCAUGUAUUCAUGGUCUUUAGAUUCACUAUGGACAGCUUGAUUAUAAACUUGUAUUCCGGUGGUUCAAACAAUCUGGAAAAAGUACCUGUGGAGAGACCUGAACAGGGUCUAGCUUGCUUUACUCUGUAUGUGCUUGCAUUGAAAGGUCAAAUGUUGUCAGACAACUCUUUGAGCACAUCAGUACGCCUAGUAGAUUGCCUACUGGACGAUACACGGGUCGGACGAGAGGGUAAAAUAACAAGGUUAAUGGAAAGCAAGGCUCUCCUUCCAUCGGACAUGUCUCAGACAGUACUCUCGCCCACAUCUGAGGCUGCUAAGAGAACCAUGUUGGAUGUAACAGUUCGUAUGAAACCAAAUGACAUGUUUGUUGAUGUCCGCAUUUUUAGUUUCAAUCUCAUAGUCAGCAUUGACUAUCUCCUGAAAAUUAGCAACUUUUUUGUGGGAGCAGAUGCUAAGCCAAAGUCAGUAGCUCAAGUUCCUUCUAAAAGUAGGCAAUCAGUAACAUCAAGUGCUCCCUCUCGCACAGCUUUAGCUGUUCCAUCAUCUGAAAGUGCAAGAGACUUGGAGAAACAUUCCCAAACAGUGAUGACUAUAAAUCUUAAACUGGAGAAACCAGACAUUUUACUAGUUGAAGCCAUGGAUGAUUUGGAUACAAAUGCCUUGGUUUUGAAUUGUGAGCUGGCAUUUAAUCUCCGUCAAGAAGGGGAGGAGAUGAAGAUUAAGGGAGCUCUUGAAGAGUUACAGAUUUUUACAUGUUGUUUCAACAAGCGUGCUGAUACUAAAUCACCAGUUCUGCAGCCUGUAAGAAUUGAUGUGGAUGGUUCAACCAAACCGGGACAAGGUCUUCACAUGGAAGUCAUUUCCUCUGACAUCCGUAUAGCAGUCACUCCAGGCACUUUAGAACUGCUCAACCGUUGCCAAGCAACACUCACAGCCAAACAUGGUCCAGAUGAAGAUGAAUCCAUGGCAGAAUCUGAUUAUUCUAAUAUCUGGGAGACAAAGUCCUUUGAAGACAGCCAAUUUUGGUUCCUGAAAACAGAAAUGGCUCAAGAUGCCAUGGCCGCGUUGACUGAUGCUUCUCAGCCAGAACCUUUAGAAGCAUCACCAGUGACACCUCUUUCAGAGUUGGUAAUUGUCACCAUGCCAUCCAUAGUAGUAACUGUUGAAGCCGGUGUUGGCAACAAAACCAUGCCUAUGAUUUUGCUUGAGACAAGCUUCCAAGGCUUUAUUCGAGACUUCAGUUCACUCCUCCACAUUGAGAGCAGCCUCAACGUUCAAAUGUGGUAUUACAACAGCAGAUUGGCUUUAUGGGAACCUUUGAUUGAACCAGUGGAGAGUCAUCAUGGAGGUCAGGUUGUUCAUGUCCCAUGGGAGCUCAAGAUGGAAGUUGAAUUUAAUGAUUUGAAUGCUCCAGCUGGAUCAUUUGAAGACUCCACUUUGAGUACUGAAACAGAAAUUGAAGCUCUCCAAAUGCAACCGUUAAUGAAUGUGUCCAUCUCUUCAAAGGAGAAUUUGGAAAUAACAGUCACUAAAACGAGCUUGGAUGUAAUCAGCACUUUGGGAGAGGGUUUCAAGACAGCAAUGAAAGAUGGGCUACCUAAAAUCGGCUCUCUAAGUGCCGCUCCUUACAAAGUUCUUAAUUUUACUGGUUUACCGGUGGAGCUCAACUUGGGAUCAAGCAGUUUGAAGCUUGCUAAUCAAUUGGAAAGUGAAGAGGGCAUUGCUACUGUUGAUUUAGAAAGUGUUGAGCUGGAGCUUAAAGAAGGAGCUAAUAGGAGAGAUGCUUUGGCUCUAAAGAGCAGCAGUGGUGGUAUUGUACAAGAGAGGGUCCUACGGAUUAGCGUCCCUGAAAAGAAGGCAAAUUUGGAACUACCAGUCAACCGUGCAGACAAACGUUAUUUCUCCCUUCAGCAAAAGGGAGAUACCAACCCCUUGCAAUGGGGUCUUGUGUCAGAUGUUCAAGUUGAAGACGGAGGUUUCAUAGUUUCACUCCGCAGCAUCAUUCAGGUUCACAAUCAUUUCAAUGUGGGGGUGAAUGUCUAUUACAUGACAGCCCGUGGAAAUGAGGUAGAAAGUAUUGGUGUUGUUGAACCCGGAAAGAAGAUUAAUUUGCCUCUAAAAGCAGUCUAUACUCCAACAAGUGAACUAUUUUUCAGCGUGGAUGGCCACUCUGUGUCAGUUCAGCCUUUUGUGUGGCGUGAUUUACAGAAGACAUUAGGGAUGACAACUCUCCUACAGUGCGACCCAAAAUCAAAAGAAGAAAUGGAACCAUUUUUCAUCAAGGCUGUUGGAGAGAUGGAACAAAUAUUUUAUGAAAACACAUCCCGUCACACUAUGGCAAGCACUUGCUAUAAUGUGCAUCUUCGUCCAGCUGUGAUUUUGAAGAAUUUCCUACCCAUUGACCUUGUCUGUCAACUGCAGGGAGCAGCUGAUGAAAAGCCUUUAAAAGCUGGAGGACGUAUGCAAAUUCCUACUGCUGAACCAGGAAACUUCACUGUUGUCCUGAGGAUUCCAAAUUACUUGGAAAAGGAAUGGUCUUGUAAAAACCCUAUUAAAGCUAAUCCAUCGGAAUUUACUGUGUGGGUCUUUGACUCUUAUGACAGCACUGAAAAAGUAUGCCUAGAUCUUGGUGUUCAUACGGUCAUGAAAAAUGGUUCAAUGGUGAUGGCUAUUUAUGCACCUUUCUGGAUGCUCAACAAAACUGGACUUAUGCUCUCCUACCGUCCUGCUGAAGAAACUGGAAAUGUUGUUUAUCACCCUGCUAACUUCAAGGGACCAGUUCUGUUGUCAUAUCGGGCGCGUGACCUGCAUAGCAAGAAAAAGGCUUCUCUCAAAAUCGAAGAUGGGGAAUGGAGCACUAACUUCCCUCUUGAUGUGGCUGGCAGUUCGGGCCUUGUUAGCUGUAAAGUGGAUGGAGUCAUGUAUCAAAUUGGAGUUCACAUCCAGCUCAACUCGAAUUCCUUAACCAAACAAGUUACAUUCACACCCUAUUAUAUCCUGGUAAACAAUGCUCCGUUUGCCAUUGAGUGCCGUGAGGCAGAUAGGCCGAAUGACCAAUGGAUCAAGGUUGAACCUGGUGCGUGCAAUCCAUUCUGGCCCAAAAGCGCCUCUAAUGAAGAAGGUCUCCGUGUAAGGGUUGCUGGAACCACAGAGAUGUCGGGCUCAUUCUCUUACAGCACAGUUUAUACAGUGCUACUGAGGCUGGACAACAAGUAUGGUGGCCUAAAUGUAGAUGUACAAAUGACUGAAGGUGGAGUCUAUGUUUCCUUCACUGCAUAUGAGCCUGGACUCGCUCCUGCUCUUGUGAUAAAUCAUACCUCUGAAAUAAUAAAGAUUUGGGAGUCUGGUUCUGGCUACAUGAGAAAGCUGGAAGCAAGACAAAUGGUCUUAUUUGCUUGGGAGAAACCAUCAGGUGAACGGUCUCUUUGCUGGAGCUGCAGUAAAUCCAAGGAAUUGAGUGAUAGUUUGCGCAAGGAUGGCAUAGGUGAAUUCCAUCCUCAUCAAGGAGUUAAGUUGUACUGGGUGAGCUUUUUGGAUGGUAUACAGAGAGUCCUGCUCUUCACCCCUGAGGCUGCUGUGGCCAGAGAUGCUCAGUCAGCGGGCGAAUUAGAAGUACCGACCAUGGCGGUGAGCAUAUCUAUCCAUGGAUUGGGUCUGUCUCUCGUGAAUAGCCUUUGCCAACAAGAACUUGUGUACAUAGGAAUAGCAAGCUCUGGAGUUAUUUGGGAAACAAGAAAAAUCAAUGGAUCACGUUUCAAGCAACUUACCAUGGCUGAUGGACUACUAAUGGAAGAAGCCUGGGAAAGAUAUAACCGAGAAUUGCAAAUAGGAAACUCUGUCAAUCCACGUGUUAAAGUUGGAAAGUAUGAGGUUGAUUUUGAGAAAGAAGAAAUACUGAUUCCUUCUAAAAGAAUACUGCGCCGCUCUUUCCAAACUGGUUUAUGGAUUCAGCGUAAGGUGUCAGCACAUCAGGAGCAGCUUCAUGUUAAAGUCAACCGUCUUCAAAUUGACAAUCAAAUGGCUGAUUGUAUAUUCCCAGUUGUCCUUGCUCCUGUUCCGCCUCCUAGAAGCGUAGCAGCGACCAGUGUUCUGAAACCAUAUAUUGAAAUGAGUAUUGUCAAAAGACUAACUGAGCACAGCCCUGUUCAGCAGUACAAGUACUACAAAGCAUUGGUGCAAGAAUUCCAUGUGAAGGUUGACAUCGGGUUUUUGAAUGCCAUCCUGGCUUUCUUUGAAGCUGAAGAAGUCUCAGAUGCUGAUGAGGUGAAGACUUUCUCAUAUGACAUGAGGGCUGUCGAAGAACCUCUUAUGUCACAUGUUGCUCUCCAAUCAUCUGCUGAGCAAAAGAACUUCUAUGAUCUUCUUCACUUUUCUCCACUGAAGAUACAUGUCAGCUUUUCACUCGGCGACGGUGCCAGCUCUCAAAACUUACCCAGAGUUUUGAGUGUGCUAAUGCAAAGCUUGGGGGUUACCUUAACAGACAUGAAUGAUGUUGUCUUCAAGUUAGCCUACUUGGAGAGGCAAUAUGUUUUCCUUACCCAAGCUCAACUACAAUCUGAAGCAACUAUGCAUUAUACUGGCCAACUUUUGAAGCAGCUGUAUGUACUGGUUCUAGGCCUGGAUGUUAUUGGCAAUCCAUUUGGUCUUGUUGUUGGCUUAACAAAGGGAGUUGAGGAUUUGUUCUAUGAACCUUUCCAGGGUGCAAUCCAAGGCCCAGGAGAGUUUGCUGAGGGCCUUAUUCUAGGAGUUCGCAGCUUGUUUGGCCACACAGUCGGUGGUGCCGCUGGAGCUGCUUCUCGCAUUACCGGCACUAUCGGCAAAGGCCUGGCAGCGUUGACUUUUGACAAAGAUUACAUCAAGAAAAGACGUGAGAAUUUAAACAAGAGGCCAGCCAAUCUUCAGACGGGUUUGGCUCAAAGUGGAAAAGGACUCGUAAUGGGAGUGGUGGACGGAGUGACUGGGGUCUUUACCAAGCCAAUAUCAGGAGCAAAGGAAGAAGGUGUAGAAGGUUUCUUCAAAGGAGUAGGGAAGGGAGUGGCUGGACUUCUAACUCGCCCAACUGCAGGAAUUGUGGACUUUGCUAGUGGAUCACUCAGUGCUGUUAAACGAGCUACUGAGAUGACUGAUGAAGUUGUGCGUCUGAGACCACCACGGUAUUUCCAGCCCGAUGGUUUAGUUCGCCCAUACAUUCGUCAUGAAGCUGAAGGAAACAAGAUAUUGCAGGAAUUGGAGAAGGGUCGUUACAAUACAACAGAUGCAUACAUAUACCAUAUUGCUAUGACACGCUCUGGCAAAGAAAUCCUUUUAUUAACUGAUAAGCGAGUUGCGUAUCUGAAAAGUAAUGACAUCUUCGGUGGAUGGCAGGUUGAUUGGACGUACACUUGGUCUGCUAUGACAGAGGCUCCCAAAGAGACCUCUGAUGGAAUACAUAUCAGUACUGGAGAGCACAAGAAGAAAGCCUUUGGUCUCUUUGGUGGUUCCGAAAAUGGCAAGCUAGUUCUUAUUCCAGAUAAGGUCCAGCGCCAGUGGAUUCUCAAGAGGAUGAUAGACCUUCACCGCAGAAGUACCUAGUAUUGGUGUCAGCUGUCACCGCAUGAGCUGUGCAGCUGGUUUCCCUGUGUUUAAUUGCAUAUGAUUUGCCAAAGCAGAAAAACUUUGUUGUAUCAGUAUCUCUCUUCUUUGUCUCCAGUUUAGAAUUUGACAAUAUUUCUAAUUAUAGGUUUGUAAAAGACCAGCUUGUUACCAGUUCAAUGUAUUUUUAUUUUUGGCUUUUUGGGGAUUAUAUGUUUAACAUUGGUCAAAGUCUCACUCAUAUAAAACUUCGUCUGUGUCAAGCUUAAAGCGCACAAACUUCCAAGUUUUAAUGGUUCAGAGGUGUAUUUUCUAUACGAUCCUGAUUUUCUUCUCAUUGUGUACCAAUAUUAAUCACAGCCACAAACUACAGAGUGAUAGUUUUUCAGAGUCUGUACUUAAUGAUAGUGUCUGAAAUGUGAGAGGCAUUGUUGCCCUUGUCAUUCAUUAACUAUCAGUUUGAUAUUAAUUAUUGAAGUGGUUGUUUGCUGAAACUUUGUACCUUUAUCUAGUCAUAUUUAGAUCUUUUUUCUUGUUAAUGUUUUCCACUACAACUGUUUAAUCUAUUUCAUACAUACUAAAAUAUUGUGAAACAACGACCACAUGUUUGCUCUUUCAUUUUGAAAGAAUUCUCAAACAGCAUUUUUAAAAUGGUUCAUGUGAUGUUGUGUAGUAGGUGCAUAUGUUCAUGUUGACUUUCCCGGUUUUGUUCUUGUGAUUUUAUGGUGCCUAUCACUAACGAGAACUGCUUGUGCCUCAUUGUGUUUAUUUUUGUAUCUUGUCAUUAACUGGGUAUCACAAUUUGGGUAAUGUAGAUUCUAGAUUUAAUGGUGUUGCUUAUUUUAUCAAAAUGUCAAUAUAAAUAGAUUUUUUAUUCCAGGCAACAGAUUGAUUGCACCAUGCCUUUUUUAUGAAGGGUUCUUGUCUGGGAUACUCUAUUUUGUCAUUGUGCGUCUACUGCUCUAUCUCUGGUUAGCUAACAUACCAAGAACUGGAACUUGUGAGCCAAACUGUGUUUCUUGCUGAAAAGACAUUAUCUUUCUUGAUCUUUGUAUCAAUAAGUCUGUAAUCGAAUUUUACUUUUAUUUGUUGAGAUGCAUUCUCUAUUGUGUGGGUCUACUUUUAGUCAGACCAUUUGUGUCUUUGAGGAUUCACAGGGUAGUAAAUGGACCUCUUGAAUUACAGUGAGUUCUUGUUACUAUGUUUUCUUGUUCAGUUUGUUUGUUGCUUUUAUUGUGUGCAUGAUCGUGUGUGUAUGGGAAUGCUUACUAAAAUUUGUCUGUUUUUAAAAACCAGUGAUCUAUAUACCAUUGUCUUAUGCUCUUUUUAUACAAAUAAAGAAAUAACAAAGUU